AGUGCUAAAAAAGCUCUAUUGGUGGUGUUAUUCGAAGGAGUUAAUAGUUAACACUCAGUUUCGAGUUACUUUCUACAUCCGGUUUUGGCACGCUCUCUUUCCUGGACCUGCCACCAUGACACCUUGCUUGGAAUCGAGAUCGAUACAGGCUACGUGCACACAGGCGAAAAGGUGCAGUUUUAGCCGGACACCAUGUUGCUAAAAGUGAAAUACUUCAGUGUAAAGAAGUACAUCAAAUUGCAUUCAGGCUUCACCUUUUUGGAAUUAAUCACUGAAGUCAAAAGUAAGUUUGGGCUUUCUGAUGCUGCUCAACUUGAGAUUUUCGAUGAAACUGAUACAGCUGUUGACGAAGACAUUCUUCUUGAGUUAUUGGAGGCUCAUCCAGAUCUAUGCCUGACAGUACGUGAAAGGAUUUCAGAUGAAGAUUUUUCCCCUCUAGCUCAUUCAACCCCAUCUUCCCCGGAUACACACUCUUCCCUCACGGACACCAUGUCACUUUCUUCAAGUGACAGUGACCUAAGGGAUCAGGGUAUUCCCACAGGCCGGAGUAGAUCCAGCAAAGAAGACAUGGGUAGUUCUACAGGAAAAGUUUCUGUGUCAGAGGCUGCAAAAGAGAUGGUUGAAAAUGCCUUGCUUAGGAAGCCUGGAGGAGAGGAUAUUCUUGAAGAGUACAAGUCAGAAAAUUCACUGAGCCACCGCACCCGGAGACAGCUUGUCAACAUACUGGCAAGUGAUAUGACCGAGAGACAUGGCAGGAUUCCCAGCCGUCAGCAGAGGGAGAAGUAUGCCCUGGGAAUUAUUACGCUCUUUCCUUCACUGAAGGAUCCCUUUUCUCCAAAAGGCUAUAUAAAUCAGGACUUCUUGCUGCUCUUUGGUGCUGAAACAAGCUCCAAGUUGCUUGAGAAGUGGGACACCUCCUUGAAGCCCAAGGUCAUCAAAGAGGCCAAACACCUGACUCCGUCAACUGUUGUGUGUCGCCUGCUAAAAGCUGCUGAGAAACUCACAGAGAAUGAAGAAAAUGACUGGGACAGUGACAUGGCCUCUCUGAUGCUGCUUCUUCAUCUUCUGCCACCCACAGCUGGACGGAAGAGGAGGAUCAAGAUAAGUCCAAGUGAUGCAGAGCACAAAAUGGUGCACUUUCACAAGUCAGGCUGCAGCAUUGAUGAGCACCUGCGAGGAUUAGAGGGAAAACAACCAUACAUCCUCGCUGUUGGUCGAGUCCAGAACAGGAUUGACACCUUCUACAUCGCAGUCGACAAGCAGCUCAUCCCCUGCCAAGCCACAUGCUCAUUGAGUGCUUUCGAUGAACUUUUCAAAUCCCACUACGUGUUCAACCUGUCUUAUGAUGAGUCCCUGGUUCAUCUCUACACUUUUGUGCAGACCACUAUAUUCAACAUUGAUGUAACCUCCACAGAUGAGUCACUGCAUGUUCGUGAGUUACGUGCCAAAAUCUUGAAUGAGAAUUGA